AUGGUGCAAGCGAAGAUUUGGGGCAACGGCUCCGUCGAGGAGCAAUACAAGAUUGCCUUUGAUGAAUUUGAUGCCUGGGCCAAAGCAAACAAAAUCCCGCAUAGCCAGCCGAACUUCAAGAUAUCCCCCAACCAGGGCUACCCUGUGCUGCAGUGCAAAGCCUACAACGGGCGAGUGGUGGUUGCAUGGGCAGCCAGCAAAGCUGUGGAAUCUGUGCAAACCGGAGAGCAGGAGCUCUUGGCGGCUGCACUGUGCAUCGGCUUAAAAUAG